CUAAGUCCUUAGCCACUGCCCGGUCUCGGUGGAUAUGCAGCUGGUUUUGAAAAAAACGGGACGUUGCUAUUUUAUGACAUGAAUAACUGGGGAAAAGAAUCAGAAAACUUUUCCAAGUUUCGGCAACUACGCCUUAUUUCACCCCUGCGUGCGGUCUCGAGUGCGCGUGCGCCGCAGUGAGCGGGGCGUCUGGGCGGGGCCAGAGGAGAAAGCCGAGCGGGUCUCGCGGCCCCGGCGGCAGUAAUGGCGAUCUUCAGUGUGUAUGUAGUGAACAAGGCUGGCGGCCUGAUUUACCAGCUGGACAGUUACGCGCCACGAGCCGAGGCGGAGAAAACUUUCAGUUACCCUCUUGAUCUCCUGCUUAAGCUGCACGACGAGCGUGUGCUGGUCGCCUUCGGCCAGCGCGAUGGAAUCCGGGUGGGCCACGCAGUGCUUGCCAUCAAUGGCAUGGACGUGAAUGGCAAGUACACGGCAGAUGGGAAGGAGGUGCUGGAGUACCUGGGCAACUCUGCUAACUACCCAGUAUCCAUCAGAUUCGGCCGGCCCCGCCUUACCUCCAAUGAGAAGCUCAUGCUGGCCUCUAUGUUCCACUCGCUCUUCGCAAUUGGCUCCCAGCUGUCACCGGAACAGGGCAGUUCAGGCAUUGAGAUGCUGGAGACAGACACGUUCAAACUGCACUGCUUCCAGACGCUGACAGGGAUCAAGUUUGUGGUGCUUGCAGAUCCUAGACAAGCCGGAAUAGAUUCUCUUCUCAGAAAGAUUUAUGAGAUUUAUUCAGACUUUGCCCUCAAGAAUCCAUUCUACUCCCUGGAAAUGCCCAUCAGGUGUGAGCUGUUUGACCAGAACCUGAAGUUAGCCCUGGAGGUGGCAGAGAAAGCUGGAACUUUUGGACCUGGGUCAUAGACUGAACCUGCAACAGAUAUCUCUCAAAUUCUGACAAGUCCUGCAGCGGGAGGAGGGGGUAAUAGGGGCUGCUGUUUCCACUCUGUUGGAGAGCCCAGCAACCUUGUUUGUGCACUUGAAAAUAGGAUGCUGAGCCUGAUGGCAUGCUGAUCCUCAAGCCUUAAAGCCAUGCUCUCUUUCCCUCUGUAUGUAUCAUGGGCCUGCUUCCCAACCCUGUACAGAUUUAUUUAUGGAGGAGGUAGGCCCAUACUUGAUAUAAUAAACAUUCCUUUGAUCUCA